AUGACGGAAGAUGCCGGAGCCGGCACGAUUGCGUUCCUGCAGCGUUCGCUACAAGCGAACAACUCGACGGAUUCCACCGAGGAGGCAGCCUCGUACAACGACGGCAGCGUGUUGCGCGAUACCUUUACGGUGUACGGGUCGAUUUUGCUCGUAAUCUUCAUCGCAUUUUGCUGGUUGCGGCGCAAGUAUCCACGAGCGUACAACGUCCGAAAUUGGGUCGAAGAUAUUAAGACCCCGCUCGCCAAAGACCAGUUCGGUUUCUUUUCGUGGAUUUGGGAGAUUUCCACCAUUACCGAAGACGAGAUCAUGGACGAAUGCGGCUUGGACGCCUUGUGUUUCGUCCGGAUCCUUAGCAUGGGCUACCGCAUCAGCUUAAUGGGUGUCUUCAACGCCAUCUGGCUCAUGCCCGUUUACGCCACGGCUGACGUAUCGGACGACACCCGCGGUAUUGUGGACCGCAUUGUCGAAGUCUCCAUUGCUCAUGUUCCUGCGUCGUCGCCCCGACUCGUAGCAACGGCUUUGGCUGCCUGGAUCGUCUUUGGCUACACCAUGUACCUCAUUUUACAGGAAUUCGAAUGGUUCAUCGACAAGCGUCACAAAUUCCUCGCCAAACCUCGACCCCAGAACUACACUGUCUACGUCCGAAACAUUCCCAUCGAAUACCGCACGGACUCGGGCUUGGAAGACUUCUUUCGGCAGUGCUUUCAGUACGAGUCGGUCCUCGAAGCCAACGUGCGCCUCCGGACACCCAAUCUUGCCAAGCUCGUGGCGCAACGAAGCGUGCUCAUCGCCAACCUCGAGCACGCCAUUGCGAUUGAAGACAUUACCGGAGAGGCGCCGCAGCGAUCAGCUUCACUCAAAUCCUCCCUCAUGAUUAUGGGCGGGGAAAAGGUCAACGCCAUUGAGGCUUUCGCCGAAGAACUCAAAGCACUCAAUGCGGAUAUCAAAGCACGUAUUGAAGAGCUCGAAACCAAAAAAUUGUCCCAACUGUUCAUGCAAGAUGUGGAACAACAGAGUUUGGCGACCUUGGGACACUCGGUGGCCGGGCGCGGCGAUUCAAUGUAUGGAGCAGGCGACAAUGUGAACGCGGAGGAGUGCGCGUCCUUGACACCUAGUGCCCUGGCGGUUGUACCGCGUCCCAACGGAUAUGGUACCGAAAUCUCCAACGUAGAAACUGCCAUUUACAACGACGUUAUUGUAGAGGAGGAAGACGACGAUGGAGACUUGUCGACUCUGGCCAGUCGUCAGAACGUGACCAACCACAGCAGCUCAUCGAAGUCGAUUCUGGAUGCCAAAAAGUCGAUCAAGCAGUCAGUCCACCUUUUUAAAAAGGCCGCCAAUGCGGUCAAAGACUCGGCUGUGGCGGUAGGAGAAAACGCCGCCCACAUGUUGCAAACGAACGCCGACGGUGAGAGUUACGAAGCAGGUUUUUUAACUUUUACCAAUCUACGAACAGCACAAGCGGCUUUACAGAUGCUACAUCACAGCAAGCCGUUUUCGAUUGAAGUGCAAGAGGCUCCGGAUCCGCAGGACGUCUUUUGGUUCAAUGUAGGACGCACGCACAAAGAAUUGCAGAUGGGAAAUUUGUUGUCGUUGGCAGCCACGACUGCCUUGUGUCUUCUUUGGACGAUUCCCAUGAGUUUCAUUGCUUCACUGUCCACGAUUGAUGCUCUCCGCUCGGAAUUUGAUUUUAUUGACAGCUUGCUGGAUGAUGCCCCCUUUUUGGUUCCCGUGUUUGAGAUUGGAGCGCCCUUGUUGGUCGUGGUGGUCAACGCGUUGUUACCCGUGAUCCUACAAGUCUUCUCCAUGAUGGAGGGCCCUGUGUCUGGGGCAGUUGUGGAAGCUUCGCUCUUUUCUAAGCUUGCAGCCUUUAUGAUUAUCCAAACCUUUUUCGUCAGUGCAAUUUCUGGUGGACUCAUGCAGCAACUCUCCGAGAUGAUAAAUGAUUAUACCCUAAUUAUUGAUUUGCUGGCAACCUCCUUGCCCGCUCAAGCAACCUAUUUCAUUCAAAUUAUCUUUGUGACUACGGUUUUUUCUUGCGGUAUGGAAAUCUUGCGAGUCAUCCCGGUAAUUAAAGCAGCAUUGCGAAAGUGCAUCGGACCUCGCUUGACCAAAAGAGAGCGUCAAAAAGCAUUUAUGGGUUUGCAACCUCUGGGCGACCCGCUAGAUUUUGAAUUUGCGGAUUUUUCUUCGAACAUGGUAAGCUCCUCACGUCCAAAGUAG